AGAGGAUACCGGGAGCCUAGGGAUGACAUCCACGGAAUCUUGUUGAAUGUGGAUAUCGAUGCCGCGGCGAAGGAUGGGCCCUCUGCUGUCGGCUGCCUUCGUCCUCCUUCUGGCCCUGCGCGCCGUGUCUCCGGCCUCAGUGGGUAACCCCGAGGAUUACACCGCAGACGAGGCGGAGCGGACCGCCAGUGAAAACAUUGUCUUCGAUGACUACCGGGGGAAAGGAUGCGUGGACGACAGUGGCUUCGUUUACAAACUCGGGGAGCGAUUCUACCCGGGACACUCGAACUGUCCGUGCGUGUGCACGGAGGACGGGCCUGUGUGCGACCAGCCCGAGUGCCCUAAACUGCACCCCAAGUGCACCAAAGUGGAGCACAAUGGAUGCUGCCCCGAGUGCAAGGAGGUUAAAAACUUUUGUGAAUAUCGGGGGAAAACAUACAAAAUACUGGAAGAAUUCAAGGUGUUUCACCUACAGGGUUCCCCAUCAGAUGAGGAAGGGACCAGUCUGCCCAGCAUGGCUGCCGGCGUCCCUCUGGCCCCAGCACAGCUGCAAUCAAGAACCAGGAGAUAUAGGCCGUCACCCUGUGAAUGGUGCCGCUGCGAACCAAAUAAUGAGGUGCACUGUGUGGUGUCCGACUGCGCCGUCCCAGAGUGUGUCAACCCUGUGUACGAGCCGGAGCAAUGCUGCCCCAUCUGUAAAAAUGGUCCAAAUUGCUUUGCUGGAACAACGAUCAUCCCAGCCGGAAUUGAAGUAAAGGUGGACGACUGCACCAUCUGCCGCUGCCACAACGGAGAUUGGUGGAAGCCGGCGCAGUGCUUGCGGCGGGAGUGCCUCAACGGCCAGACGUUGUCAUAG